CCGUAGCGGCGCCGGAGAAGAGCAAAAGAAGUACGAAGGAAAUGGCUGAGGAAGUUGAGGCAAGAAUGAAGAGGAUUGCAGCCACUAAAGGAGUGAUUGGCACACUAGUUGUCAAUCCAGAUGAUCAAUCCAUGACUCUACAGUAUGCAGGACAACUUCAAAACCUCGUGGCAUUGGCCAGGCAGGAGCACAGUCAGAGAUAUGACCCUCAGAAUGACCUCAGCGCCCUCCGAGUCCGCGCAAAGAAUUACGAGAUUAUUGUUGUGACGGAGAACAGCUAUCUGAUGAUAGCCAUCCAGAAGUUACCUGAAUGACUGCCAAACAUUUCCAUGGGGUGUUGGGCAUGUUUCAAACCCCCUACUAAAUGCAAAAGAUAAAUAAAUAAAUCUGUU